AGUCAGUCUCAUUGAAAUUCCGUUAAUUUCAUCUAAGCAACGUGAUAAAUAAUGGUAAAGGAGGAAGUUGAGUUAGACGUCGAGAUCAAAUCUCCGGCUAAUAAGUUCCACAUGUUUGUCGGGAGAUUACAACAUGUGCCCAAAGCCACUCGCUACAUUCAGGAAUGUGAUUUGCUCGAAGGGGACUGGGGCAUGGUUGGAAGCAUAGUCUUGUGGAAACUACUUUUUGAUGGAGAGGUAAGAGUGUCAAAAGAUAGGAUCGAGGCAAUGGAUUUUGAGAAAAAAGUGAUUCAGUGGAAUGUGUUAGAAGGAUCUCUCAAGACAGAGUACAAGAGCCUCUUGAAAACGAUGAAUGUGAGCACUAACCAUGGAGGAUCAGGAAGUACGGUGAAGUGGAACGUGAAGUACGAGAGAAUUGAUGAGAACGUUGCUCACCCUGAAAGACUGCUCCAGUUCUUGGUCGAAGUGACUAAACAGGUCGACGGAUACCUCUUAUCUGAGGAAUAAAGGCUGGGUUGACAAUAUAUAAAUAUCUAAUGCUUGACAUACAUGAUUGUGUGGGAGAGUUAUUGUUACGUAAUAGAGGACUCCUCUUGUGUGUUUGUGUGCCUAAUAUCUUUCUCAAUAAUGUGACAUUUAACGGAUUUAAAAGAGAUACUAGAUUUUGAUUCGCGCAAUCGCGCGAAUGUUUUUUCAAAUUGAAUUGAAGAAAUUGUAAACUACUUCCUCUGGAUUUAAAAAUAUGAUGUUUAAGAUUUUGCACAGUAAGUAAUUAACUCUUUUAGUUAUUGCUUUUUGGUUUUAUCAAUAA